AUGAGACACCUGAUAGCCCCUAAAAUGAGGUACCUCAUAUUACGGGACAAGGCGUCGCAUAUGAAGACCUUCAAUACUAAACUCGGAAUCUUCUCCGUACAAACUACAAAUAGAAGAAGCUGUGAAGAGAAAAAAGAAAAGGGGCAAAAAAAGGAAAAACAAAGAAAGCCAAGGAAAAGUGCUGCAAAAGGAAAAGGAACUGGGAAAAGGCCUGUGAAGAGGAAAGUUUUUACUGAAUCAUCAACGUCCAGUGAAGAUGAUGACACUGUUUCGCACACCACGGAUUUUCCUUCAGAAGACGAGGAAGACGAUGCAGACGCAGAGUGUCCAUAUUGCGCCGGUUUGUAUUCCGAAGAUACGCGAUGUGAAAAGUGGAAGAAAUGCCAGGCCUAUUUCAAAUGGGCACAUCUAGAAUGUGGAGAAAUGAAAUCAAAAAAGUUUAUUUGUGCCACCUUCAAUACUAAACUCGGAAUCUUCUCCGUACAAACUACAAAUAGAAGAAGCUGUGAAGAGAAAAAAGAAAAGGGGCAAAAAAAGGAAAAACAAAGAAAGCCAAGGAAAAGUGCUGCAAAAGGAAAAGGAACUGGGAAAAGGCCUGUGAAGAGGAAAGUUUUUACUGAAUCAUCAACGUCCAGUGAAGAUGAUGACACUGUUUCGCACACCACGGAUUUUCCUUCAGAAGACGAGGAAGACGAUGCAGACGCAGAGUGUCCAUAUUGCGCCGGUUUGUAUUCCGAAGAUACGCGAUGUGAAAAGUGGAAGAAAUGCCAGGCCUAUUUCAAAUGGGCACAUCUAGAAUGUGGAGAAAUGAAAUCAAAAAAGUUUAUUUGUGCCGUUUGUUAUUAA